AUUUUUACAACCACGUAUUGUUGGUACCCAAGUUAUUUUCUAUUGGGAGUUAAGAUGACCUGGCAGCGCUACAAGUAAGCCAGUUGCUACCACAGCGUCUGGCACCUGCGCCAGCUGGGCCACCUGACGUCCAGCGCGUGGUCGCCUGAUGACGCGACAGGUUAGCCGGCAAGCGAGUCACGAGCCCGGCGCCUAAAGGAACCCACUGAAACGGCCGGCUUUCAGCGACCAGGGCCCCUCCAAAGCCACUGCUGCCCGCCAAAAGCGGCCCAGAUUCACCACGCUACCUUGACUCGUGCCAGCUACAACUGCCUGCCCUGCCAGCUUCGCCCGCCUCCCCGCUACGCCGUCAUCCCGCUACGCCGACCUUCUCCAACUCUUAGCUUGGCUGUCUGGACGCAGCUCUGCAUCCUCCCUUAGCUUGCUUCCGCAUCUUCGUUUUCUUCCGCAGCGGUGCCUACGGCCUUUAACUUAAAACUCUAAACUAAUCUUUAAAAACCCUCAUCACUCGCGCAUCGACCACCCUCAAAACCACCAUGCACCGCCCCCACGCCAGUACGCUAUCCAUCUGUUGAUAUCGCCACCGCUGGAUGGCCGUGACCGAUUUGGGUAGCAAGGACAACGACUACCCCGAUAUAUAAUAGCGGAAGCCGCAGCAAAACUACAAUGACAUCAUUAUUCCAGUCCUUUCAGAGCUCCAGCAUGCCCAAGCGGCUGCUGCGCUAUGCUCUUGCGCGGCUCGAUCUGCUGGACUCUGAAGCGUUGGACUUGGACAACCUGGAGCUAGCUCUCGGUCGAAAUGCCGUCUUUGAAUUUAAAGAUGUAGGAAUUCAGCUACCGAAACUAGAGGCGCUGCUCAAGCUACCCCCCGCCUUCCGGAUCGGCAAAGCCAAAGUUCUACUCCUUCGAGUAACGAUUCCGAUGGACUUUUAUACAAGCUCUAUAACAAUAGAAGUGGAUGGUGUCGAUAUCGCCGUGAAAGUUGACUCCAACCACGUCAAAGCCCGGAAAUCUAGAGCGGACGUCGAUCUUGUCCCAAACACUGUCGAUUUAGCGCAAUCUUUUCUCGAAACAGAACCACAAAAUGAGAGAACAAAGCUUGAGCAAGCGUUGGCCGUGGAAAAUCAAGAUCUGGCUGCGUCAAUAGCUUCGACUGAUGACGGUAGCGAAGAUGAACUGCCGCUUGGCACUGGCGCUCCGCUCACACUGCCUGGCUUCUUAUCCAACUUUCUACAGGGCAUACUUGAUCGCAUGCAAAUCUCCAUUAAAAAUAUAUCCUUUCAACUCCAAGUUGAGGUACCGGCGGAGCCGAAUUCGACAGGCCCAGAAGCUGUAUCCUUCAAGAUUGCCCUCGACGAUAUUAGUAUCGAAGGCGUAACUGCCUCGCCGCCCAGCACAACCGAUGAGAAUAACGCGAAGCGAAAGGAAGGUAAACGUCAUAUAUCUAUCGAUACGAUACGGGCAUAUCUUGUUUCCGAAGCGAACGUAUUUCCCUCGUUCUCAAGAUCACCCUCGGCAUCCUCAGCUCUGUUCCCGCCAUCGCCAGGGUUUACAAGAGAGUCGUCGUCAAUAUCGAGUAAAUUAGGAGCUAGCGUCGGACAUGUGGCUCCGCCAUUUUCAGGGUUACAAGAGGACAAUAACCAUGACGAUGAUGUGGACUCUCCGCUUGGCGAUAGUGAGAUUGCUUUAGGCAUCCCCUACGAACUACCUGAUAAUGAUGACGAUGAGAGUAGUUCUCCUCAAACUCCCAGGGCCUCAGUUUACCACGAAUUGGAUGCUGGAAUGCCCUCUACCGAUACACAAACAGCCAGCCAGCAGUCACUAUCAGGUUUGACACCUGGCCUAUCGUCAUAUGGCUCGGACAUGCGGGCUAUGUUUGCGUCUCAGCAAGUACAAGGAGCCGAGCUUCCUGCUCCAGAGCCGGUAUCUGACGAUACUCCUGAACGAGAUAAUCAAGACGAGUUUAGUGAUGCAUCUGAAGAUCUUACAGAAUCCCGACUCUAUUCGCAUGAGGAGGCUACAAGUAUGUACAUGAGCGCCAUGUCUCAACGAGACGUUACGCAUCAGAGCUCGGCGGCCCUGGAUAAGUCGACUGACUUAGCUGCAAAUAAACCAACGCUAUCGGAGGAUAAAGUUCAGCCUCCGAAGCGCCGUGUUGCUAUGCCAGGCGCUUGGGGAGAAGAGAGUACGAUUGGUGAGAAUAUGCAAGCAUCGGUUCACUCCCUACCUGCUGCUACUGUAGAUGAAGCGACGACAUUGGAUGCGUUGCCGAACGAACCAGACCGCACAGUACCAGAUCAGGCCGCGGAUAUCGAGGAUGCACCUACUCCAAAAGGUCCAACCAGGGUUAUGAAGCAAGUUCUAUACCUGAAAACACUAUCAUUGUACCUUCCAUCAAACCCCAAAGAUACAGUUGAGCCUCAUGAGGCACCUGAUGCUGUCGGAGCACAGUCUAUGUACCAAUCAGUAUAUCCACAGGCUCCGGGUGCCUUCUCCGUACAUGGCCAAAAAGCUCUGUCAAACACCUCUGGCCGACUCUCAACUGAUUCACCAUCGACCGCCGUCAUUCCAGAGCCAUUAGAGAUCCAACUGUCACCCAUCGUGAUAAACUUCGAUUCAUCAUUGGUCUUCUUGCUUAUAAAUGUCAUUCGAACCUUGACAGCUGCCUUGAAACCAGAGUUUGAAGUUGAGAGCCCUACCGCAGCGCCAGCGGAUACACAACCAGAUGCUCCCGUAAAGCUACAGCCACCUGUAAAGUUUUCCCUUGAAAAGCUGACCAUCAACUUCCUACACCGUCUUAUUGGUAUUGCCGAGCGACCUGGGCGUUCGCAAGAUCCUGAAGAAUGCUUCGUCGGCCAAGAUGUCUUACUCAAUCUUACUUUACAGCACUUGACAGCAGAAAACUCUACCAUUGCGCUCAAGCCUACCAAGCCUAACACGAAACCAUCCACUGGAGUUUCAACGAUGAUCACGGUCCAGAAAUUCCGAUUCGGCUAUGCUACGGAAGACAUUGUAUCGUUUGAUAGCGGGCGACCGAUGAGCACCUCUGUCCGGGAUACGUUCUUGUCUGAAGGAAACGAUGUUGCCAUUAAAAUGUUGCAGUCAGCGGAUGGCAAUCGGACGGAAAUCGAAACUCUUCCGCUAGCUGUGCAAAUCGAAACUCUUCCGCUAGCUGUGCAAAUCGAACUCCAAAAGCUUGAUGAGACCUUUAGCUGGUUUGGUGGCCUCAGCAGCUUUUUAAAUAUGAGCACAUCAGCGGCGAUUUUGUCACCAGCUAAAUCAACAGCCGUGCUUCCACCAAAAGCACAACCUCGAGGCGUUCAUUUCGAUGCACCCAUCAACCCAGACGAUAAAUCUGUCGCCGCGUCCAACAAAAUCAACGUGCGGAUUGGUGGUGCAUUUGUCGAGCUUCUUGGUAAAGAGUGUAGCAUUACGGCCGAGACGAAUGCUAUUAAGCUGGUCAGCAGAGAUGAGGGUAUUGGCAUGGCAUGCAGCAUGAUGCGCGUGUCUGGCCCCUAUCUAAAGAAUUCUGCAGCAGAUCCAUCGAUUACUGUUGAGCUGGGCGGAACAAGAUUGGACUUUUUGAAUACACCGAAAGCGACUGAUUUAGAGAAGCUCUUGGAGCUUAUUAUCCCUUCGAAAGUAAGGUAUGACCAUACCACAGAUGAAAUCAUGGUCGAUACAUUGCUACGACAACGACGAAAAGGAUCCGUCCUUCGUGUUGGGGUAGAUAUGGUCAACGUUCGUGUCAAGAACAUGGCACAGCUCACCGUUUUACCAAACCUGGGCGAAGAGCUCGCAAAGUUAUCAACAGUCGCCAAGUAUUUACCAGAAGAUGACCGGCCCGGUAUUCUCACCUUGGCGAAAUUGCACACCAUUGCUGCCGAUGUUGACCUUGGUGGUGGCAUUGGUCGGAUUGGUGUCGAGCUUCAGAACACCGAAAUUGGUCAAAUUAGCAUUCCAUCACUUGUUGCAGUCGUUGUGCAUGAUAUUUUGGUUUUGAGAAAUGGCUCAGAAAAAUUGGUGCACUCUGUUGCGUUUGGGUCUGCAAAGGAUAUUGCAAACCGAGCACCUGCACUGAUGGUGAGGAUGAUUGGCGAUGAGAUUGAGCCUAUCGUCAAGUUGAAGCUUCACAAUUUGCAGGUAGAAUACCGUGUACCAACCAUCAUGGAUAUUCUUGGCCUCUCGGAAGAAUCGACACCGCAGGACUUUGACGAGAGUUUAGCUGCUUCUGUUGCAAAUUUGGGUGACCAAGCUCACACAGCCCUCGGACGCCAACCAUCAUCACCUUCGCCUAAUUCCAAGCAUGAUCCUCCCAUCAAACUUGAUAUUGGAUUCCAAGAUUGUCUGAUUGGCCUAAAUCCCUUGAAGUUGGAUUCGAAGAUGGUAAUCGCGCUUACCGAUGCGAAACUCGAGGUCACCCUACCUAAGGGAGGAGUGAUGCGUACAGAGCUAAAUAUCAACAAAACGUCCGUCCUUCUGAUUGACGAUGCCUCUAACAUAGGACAGGAGGCACCCCCGGGUGCUCCUCGUACCAGAUACUCGUCGUCCGCAUCACCUCAGGUAAUAGACAUGUGCGCCCGAGGCUUUGUAGACAUUUGUUACAUGUCCUCUGCCAUGGUCAUUGUUAAUGUUCAGCCCGGGCCAGACGGCAAAGACCAAGUGGAAAUUGAGGUCCGUGAUGAUCUGCUGGUGCUGGAAACUUGUGCAGAUUCUACCCAAACACUGAUUACAUUGGCCAAUGCGUUGAAGCCGCCCACGCCACCUAGCAAAGAAAACAAGUACAAGACCAACAUUGUGCCCGUGCAAGAUCUUCUAGCGUCAAUAUCCGCGGAAGCUUUUGGCCAGUCUGAGGGUGACUACGAUUUUGACCAAGAUUUUGCAGGGGCUCAAGAGAUGGCACGAAGCGAGUCUGAAAUAGGAUCAGAAGUAGGUGAUUCGCCUCUUCGAGUCGAGCCAAAGUUUUACCGCCAUGAGUCAGGAGAGGAGCUAUUUGAUGCGACAAAGAUGUCUGGCUUAUCUCGAGAAACCAGCAUGGAAGAAACGCAGGAUGGGGUGCUGUUAACAGGGUUCGAUGCAACCACCAGCCAGCGGUCUUUCGAUAGUGAAGACUUGGAGAUUCACGACGACUUCUUCAGCAAGGCACCUGCGCGGGAGGAAACCGUGAAAGUUUGGAACUCAAACAACAAUACUUAUGACGAUGCGCCUGCAGAGCUCGUCCGAAUGAGCCCGAUUAAAAUUAACGUCCGAGAUGUUCAUUUGAUUUGGAAUCUCUUUGAUGGGUAUGACUGGGUGCACACGCGCGACAUUAUUACCAAGGCCGUCGAAGAAGUUGAAAAUAGAGCGCUGGAGCGACAGUCACGCGGGGCUGCUGCAUUUGAAGAGGAAGAGGAAGAAGAAACGAUAGGCGACUUCUUGUUCAAUUCCAUCUACAUUGGUAUUCCCGCAAACCGCGACCCGCAUGAGUUGUCACGGGCUAUCAACGAAGGCUUAAACGACAAUGCCACGGAGACGGAAUCAGUUGCGACUACGGCGUUCACUAAUACUACUUCCCGCACUGCGCGCCGUCUCCAGCCACGCCCAAGAAGACUGCGUUUAAAUCGCAGUAAGCGUCACAAGAUUACAUUUGAGCUACAGGGAGUUAAUGUGGACAUGGUUAUGUUCCCGCCUGAAGAGGCGGAGACAUUGAGCAGCAUUGAUGUGCGUGUUCACAACCUGGACAUUUUCGACCACGUACCUACGUCCACUUGGAAGAAGUUUGCGACGUAUGAUCAAGAUCAAGGCGAGCGAGAGCUGGGCACAAGCAUGGUUCACUUGGAGAUUUUGACAGUUAAGCCCCUCCCUCAGCUGGGGGCCUCUGAAACCGUGCUACGAGUGACUGUUCUGCCGCUUCGCCUGCACGUGGACCAAGAUGCGUUGGACUUUAUUACUCGAUUUUUUGAGUUUAAGGAUGAGUCGAUCCCAGUACACUCCUCACCAAGCGACGUACCUUUUGUUCAGAGGGCUGAAGUCAACAGUAUUCCCGUCAAGCUAGACUUUAAGCCGAAACGAGUGGAUUAUGCUGGCCUUCGGUCUGGUCACACUACGGAAUUUAUGAACUUUAUCGUGCUUGAAGAAUCUAGGUUGGUGCUCAGGCAUGCCAUCAUUUACGGCAUCCCGGGCUUUGAUAAACUGGGCUUGACAUUGAAAGCCAUUUGGACUCCCGAUGUAACAAACAAUCAGCUUCCUGGCGUUAUUGCAGGCUUGGCGCCUGUACGGUCUCUGGCAAAUAUUGGCGGAGGAUUCAAAGACUUGGUAGAAAUCCCGAUUCGAGAGUACAAGAAGGAUGGACGGGUGAUUCGCAGCAUCUCCAAGGGUGCGGCAGCCUUUGCCAGAGGAACGGGUACUGAGAUUAUCAAGUUUGGAGCAAAGCUUGCAGUGGGAACGCAAUAUGCACUGCAAGGCGCCGAAGGACUUCUUGCCCAGCCGCAGGGCGAAGCGCAAUGGGAAGAGGAUGAUCUUGACGAGGAGGACAAGAAGCAGAUUUCACUGUAUGCUGACCAGCCGACGGGUGUAAUCCAAGGCAUUCGCGGCGGAUACCGAUCCAUGGUUCGCGACAUGAACAUGGCCAAGGAUGCCAUUAUUGCUGUUCCUGGAGAAGUGAUGCAAAGUCAGUCUGCUGCCGGUGCAGCGCAAGCAGUGCUCAAACGAGCGCCGACAAUUGUCUUCCGGCCGGCCAUGGGAGUGACCAAGGUGAUUGGAAAGACGUUGAUGGGGGCGACGAAUGCGAUUGACCCGCAAAAUAGACGACGUGUGGAGGAGAAAUACAAGCAUUGAGGGGGGAGAGGCGGACGCACGAUAUGAUAGACUUGCAUGGAUGGUGCGAUGACGGAUGUACAUGGACGGACAAUUUGUGUUGACUAUUAUAACCAUCAUUGCUGGCGUUUGCGAUUUAGAACUGCUUUUUGCAUAAUACGCGUGUGGUUAUUGCUGCUGCUGUUGUUGUCGGUAUUGCCACUACUACAUUGGCAGAAACAAUAAGAGAAGCAGCAGCCCGUCUGCUAUUUGUAUGUAUGUAUGUAUGUAUGAGUGAUAGAUUGACGAAAUGAAAUGUACGACAUGAAGAUUACUUGCUUAUAGAAGUUGUGUUGUAAGGUUGGAAGCGGUGAACUGGAUUGCUCCGUGAAUGCAUAUGUUGGUUGUGAUUGUAGCCUACGCGAAUGAUGGACAUGCAUCUAGCGAAGCUUCAUCGAGAGAUGGGGUGAGAUUGUUGGUGAACGAGGGCACCGCCUAUACCAAGUGGGCGGGAACGGGUGGGCCGGACGGGUCCAGCCAGCCACCCAGUCUUGUUCGUGAUCGUGUUCUGCUAGUAUUACGAUGACGAAAAGGGGGUGGGUUACGAAUCUCGAUAUCGACCAACGUUGACAGCUAGCUGUUCGAAUCUCGAGCAUGAC